UGUUAUUAACAAUAUAUUUGAGAAUAUAUCUGAGAGUUUAUGGUUUGACCGUUUAUUAGUCUCCUCGUGUGGCUCACUCUGCUCUUCGCCCGGCUUCUCUGAGGGCACGUUUGUUGUUUCUCGGAAGUGACGAAAGCAAAGUACUGAUGGCGGCUCGCAGUUUGCUCCCGGAUAUGUACUGAAACGAAUUUGAUGGCUUCUUAUUGGACUUUUUGCAUACUGCGCCAUUUGUCUGAGGUCUCGAGAUUAACAUCGAACCUGUCGAGCACAAGAGUCGUCAAUCCGAGGAGGGAUAAUUUGUUGUAGAGCUGGUUAGAUCCAGAGCUAGCUGCCUUGCCAAUGAAAUCCAAGUCCAGUUAGCCCUUGAUCGCAGAGGCUGGUUUGAGUGCGUGGCUACACGCUUUAAGACGUUUGACAUUUGAGCAGUUUUGUGACACUGGCUGGUCCAGGUGCAGCAGAGUCUCUGGAUUCUCUAGUUUGGCUAGCCUCGCUCGCGGGACUUUAAGAGCAAAGAAGCGGCGGGAAGUGGUUAGCCGACCUGAUUAGCUGUAGCCGUAGUCCCAGCUCUUCUGGAGUCACUGGUCUCUAGUGGAGAGGGUGAAUCUCUUCUAUGGUUCAUCGACUGUCAGCAUGUUGAAGACUCGUCAGUGUUUACUCGGGAUUCGCUCCUUCCUUGGAGUGACGUCUAGAAUAUGGAGUUUCAUUUUAUACAUCCUCAGGAAACAUCUACGGACGAUAAUCCAGUACCAAACAGUGCGUUAUGACACAUUACCUCUCUCCCCUAUUUCCAGAAACAGACUCAAUGCGGUGAAGAGGAAGAUAUUGGUGUUGGAUCUGGAUGAGACUUUGAUUCACUCUCACCAUGAUGGCGUCCUUAGACCUACAGUGAGGCCUGGUACACCGCCAGACUUUAUCCUCAAGGUGGUAAUAGACAAACACCCAGUCAGGUUUUUUGUCCAUAAAAGGCCACACGUCGACUUCUUUUUAGAAGUGGUCAGUCAGUGGUAUGAGCUGGUAGUAUUUACAGCUAGUAUGGAGAUAUAUGGAUCGGCCGUAGCAGAUAAGCUGGAUAACAACAGGGAUAUCCUCAAAAGAAGAUACUACAGACAGCACUGUACUUUGGAUUUAGGGAGCUACAUAAAAGAUCUAUCUGUAGUACACAGUGAUCUCUCCAGUAUAGUCAUUCUGGACAACUCGCCUGGAGCUUAUCGAAGUCACCCAGACAAUGCAAUACCUAUAAAGUCGUGGUUCAGUGACCCAAGCGACACAGCACUUCUUAACCUGCUCCCAAUGUUGGAUGCAUUGAGGUAUAAACAUUUCUUUAAGUCAUGGUCAUAGUAAUCUCUUAAUCAUGAUUAGGCCAACAGAGAAUUUAUGCCAUAUAAAUUCUGCACAAUUUGAACACCCUUAAUUAUUAUUUUUUUUCUACACAUACUCCUUGCAUGUUUAUUAUCAUUUUCAUGCCGUUUUUAGCCACUAUUA